AGGAGCCGCUGCCGCGCGCUGGCCAAGACUCUCGCAUCUCUGAAACAAAAUCUUCUCCUUUACACUCCAAAACAAACGGGACUGACACCGUCAACAGCGAUACAACAUUUCCAAAAGCCGGCGCCGCUGCGCGGAGUCCGACAGAGGGCCAGCGAAACAGUGUUGUUCUGAACUGUCUUUUUGUUCUGAGUGAAUCUUGAUUUGUUUAUCUUUUCGUAGUUUGUCAGGCAAUGGUCGCGAGAAUCUUUUUGGAGAGGGCGCUGCGCGUGUGCGUGAGGGCUCGUUAAACACACAGACGUCUCAAGUGUCGGGUGCGCGCUAAUGAAUAGACUUCACUGAAUGGAUUUUUAUAUUUAGAGCGUUAAUGCGCCUCUUCUCCCGACGGGAAAUAGUGGACAGCGAGGCAGAGACGGGCGCGCGCAGCGACCCCGCAGAAUGGCAUUUUUAUGACAUUUAAAGCUUUAAGAAUCAAACGGACAGCUCGGACAGGAGACGCUGACCGGUUUUUAUGUGCUUUCGGUGCGCUAAACGCGGUGUAAACUCCAGCCAGUGACAAAAUGAUGGCUGGCGGGGCAGUUCAGCAGAACGGGAUCUUCUCUACUCCUCAGCACCUCUCACAGUCGCCACACAUGGACGCGGAUCUCGCCGAUUCCCGAAAGAGACCCCUGGAAACACCGACCGAGGCGAGCAGCACCAAGCGCUCCAACACCGGAGAGGAGGGUGAAUAUUUCCUGAAGGUGUUGAUUCCCAGCUAUGCAGCUGGUUCAAUCAUCGGUAAAGGGGGGCAAACCAUCGUCCAGCUUCAGAAAGAGACUGGAGCCACUAUCAAACUGUCCAAAUCUAAAGACUUCUACCCAGGUACAACAGAGCGUGUUUGUUUGAUUCAGGGUACGGUGGAAGCUCUGAAUGGAGUUCAUAACUUCAUCGCUGAAAAAGUUCGCGAGAUGCCUCAGAGCAGUCAGAAGACCGAACCAGUCAGCAUUCUCCAGCCACAGACUACUGUUAACCCUGACCGUGUUAAACAGGCUAAACUGAUCGUGCCCAACAGCACAGCAGGACUCAUCAUCGGUAAGGGUGGGGCAACAGUUAAGGCUGUGAUGGAGCAGUCGGGAGCCUGGGUACAGCUUUCUCAGAAGCCUGAGGGCAUCAAUCUGCAGGAGCGUGUCGUGACAGUGAGCGGGGAGCCGGAGCAAAACCGCAAGGCCGUGGAGAUCAUUGUUCAGAAGAUCCAGGAGGACCCACAGAGCAGUAGCUGUCUCAAUAUCAGUUACUCCAACAUCACUGGCCCCGUGGCCAACUCCAACCCCACCGGAUCCCCCUUCGCCAACUCCACAGAGGUGUUACCCAACGCCGCAGCGGCAGCUACAGCCUCCACGCUCCUCGGCCAAGCGGGUCUCGCGGGCAUGGGUGGGUUCCCUGCGGCCAUGUCGAGUCUUUCCGGUAAUGAUCUGCUUGCCAUUACAUCUGCUCUGAACACUCUGGCCAGUUAUGGCUAUAAUACCAAUACACUGGGGCUCGGCCUCAACCCGGCCGCUGCGUCCGGGGUGCUCGCUGCCGUUGCGGCCAGCGCCAACCCGGCGGCUGCGGCCGCCGCCAAUCUGCUUGCUACAUAUGCCAGCGAGGCCUCUGGAGGGGGCGGUCACCCUGCCGCACCUAGCUUAGGGGGCUUCUCGCUGGGCUCCCUAGCGGCCGCCACAGGAGCGUCUAAUGGUUACCUUAAUCCCUCAUCCCCGCUGGUGGCAUCAUCUCUGCUGGGCACGGAGAAGCUGGCAGAAGGUGGAAAGGAGGUGGUGGAGAUCGCUGUGCCGGAGAACUUGGUCGGCGCCAUCUUGGGAAAAGGCGGCAAGACUCUCGUGGAGUAUCAGGAGCUGACGGGGGCGCGAAUUCAGAUCUCCAAAAAGGGAGAGUUCAUUCCAGGCACACGCAAUCGCAAGGUGACCAUCACAGGGUCGCCGGCAGCGACGCAGGCCGCCCAGUAUCUCAUCAGCCAGCGAAUCACGUACGAGCAAGGCGUCCGUGCCACCAACCCUCAGAAGGUGGGCUAGGGAUGGACAGGAGUGGGGAGGGGAACGACGAAAGUGAAGGAGACCAGAGAGAAUGCAUAGAUGACUGAAUGAAUGAAAUCGAGGGAGAACGGGAUGGGUUGGAGCGAGAAACAUGUCCAAAUAUUUAAACACAAAAUAAGGACGAUUACAAAACAAACGACAAAAGAUCUGAUGGACCUGUGGAUAGAUAAUCUGUUUGGGGAGAAAUGUGAUAUUUUGUGACUGAAAUUCUGCUGUAUUUUUAAAGUUGUGUUACGUCGUGUAGGUCCGAGUAUCGUGCCCUGGGGCACUCAGAGGAGGAGGAGAUCAAACCUCGCUUCCUCUCUCUUAGCCAGGGUCUUUUGGAUUCUAUGUUCAAUUUUUGGCUUCCAUUGCAGAACCCUCACAGUUUAGUUCAUACCUAGUCCACGCCCUGAGCAAGGAGAUUGGAGUUUGAAACAGCCCCCUUUUUUGAUAUCAGUCAAUUCAGUCUCCGCAACUGUAGUGUAGGCCUGUAAGUGAAAAGGAAUAUACCUAUGAAACAUUCUCCAUAGGUAAUCUCGGUCCCCCCCCCCCUUAUUGUUUUUCGACCGAGACUUAAUCUCAAACACCUGCUGAAAGAUUUCAAUCUGCAUUACAUUACUAAUAUAUCUGUGAUUCACCAUUACGGUCAGUCUCUUUUAGAUUUCCUCAAACCUGUGAUUCCAGGUUGACCUGAAUGUAUAAAGACUUCCUGAUAUUGUUGGGGUUUUUUAUAUGUAAAUAGAGUAUCAAAUUGAGAUGCUGUCGAGAGUAGAUGACUAACCCUCAGCCACAGACAGACAGAGGCGGACAUCAUACGUCAACAUUCAGAUACUCAGCAUUAGAGAACUGGAAUGUAAUACACAUACAUACAAGUGCAGUUUAGUCACAGGAUCCCACUUUGGUGCUAUAAGAAAACACAUUUGAAGAGAUUUUGUUGUCAUAUCUACUGAUUUUAGUAUUUAUGGGAGAGUUUCUCUGAGCCCUCGUGAACUACCGGGGGCGUUUUGCGAUUUGCUCACGAGACUGAGAGCGGGCGGAUAUUCAAAAGAUCCCGCCAGAGCAGAGACACAACGGUAGGAUCGUAAAAAAAAAGCUGUCUGUUUCGUCUCAUUGACUUUUAACUCUUACUACAGAAAACCUUUGGACACACUACCAAGGAAUUGAAGUCCUUAGAAUCCUGAACUUGAAAAAUAAUUGGACCUGUUUAGACAGAUGUACCUCUUAACUCCUCCUCUUCCUCUGAUUGGAGGAGCCAGGCAAUGUCUGUGCCUGUUUCGUUUGAAAGGAGCUCAGGUUGUCAUACCUCAUGUUUGUGAAGAAGGAGAAAGAUUUCCAGUUUGUAUGCAGUGCAGCAAAGUCUUGGGUGCAUUACAGAUGCCACCUCGUUCACGUCGCAGUUAAUCCCUGUUUGCGUCAGACUGGCAGCAGAGGUGCGGUUGAGGUAGUGAACGAGAGACUAAAACGACACAGCUUUUGUAACCUGUCUGAACUCACGCGAAGGCCGGAGGAUGCUACCGUAACGACUGUCGACCUUCAGCCUUCAUCUUCGCUGCGAGGUGAACUCUGGCAGGCUAGCCGAUCGUAAUUCUGCUUCCUUCGAGAAACCAAACUGCAGGCCGUAGCGUCAGACGCACAGCUCCGUUUGCCCAACGUUCUAAAGCAUUGCCGGAGAGUUUCGACGAGCCCUCCACCUUUUCCACUGAUCAACAGCUCAUCAGUUGCACAGACUGGUGGUGAUAGUUACUCAUUAGUUAAUUCCACAGUUGUACACUGCAUCAAAACGUUUGCUGCUAACAGCAUUUUCGGUCUUGCCAGCAAUUGGCUCUUGCAUGGAGAGUAAGCAGGAGCUCCCGUACAGGGCGAGCGAUCGUCUCUGAACCACACUGUGAAUCCAGCGGCCUGACGCCAUCGCAACUAUGGAAUGUACUGUACAUAUUUCACACCAUCGAGAGUGCGCCCACUGAGACACGGCGUGACGGAAUAAAGCAAUGAAACCGAGCGAGCACAAGAACACGGGCCGUGAGGCUCCGCUGUAGGAACGUCUACCUGUAGUUUACCUUGCUCUUUCGCAAAAACAGAGGUCGCCGAGGGUCCGAUCCCCCCCCCAACGCCCAAGCCUGUCAUUAAUUAGCAGAUCUCCAUUUGAACCCUGGACUUCUAUAUAUAACAACACUGCACAGCCCAAUCUACUGCUGACCUACAUACACACUCUAAAAGACAUUCAUCAUCUCCCUCCAACUACCAGCCCUCUAAUCUACUCGCUAGAGGGGAAGCGGAAACGUAGAAAAAGGAGGGAAGAGAGAGAGAGAUGGAGAGAGAGAGGGCGAGAGAGUAACCUAUUUAUAUCCAUUACAUAAUUGUGAGGAAUAUUAACAUUUCCACACCUCUCACGAUAUGCCAUACGCUUGAUGUACUCCCGAACUGUUUACCAUGUUUCGGUACCAGCCGUGAGAUAUCAGGUUCUCCGAGUAUAAAUUAUUGCUCCAUACUGUUUGGAGAUCAAACUGUGUACCUGAUUUCAGAAGCACAAGCACUCGGUGCAGCAAUAUGAGGGUAAUACGUUAACAGAAAGGGAGAUGUCAUUUAUAUUUGGAGAAAAAAAAAACGCUUGCCGGCGCUCAUGACAUUAGGGUUAGUUCUGUCUCUCGCUCUCUCUGUGUCCUCCCUCUGUCUUUGCACUACCUCUUUUUCUUCCCUCGUGUGUUGCUCUCUCACCACCUUUCCAGCUUUCUGUUGUCUCCCCUUUCCACUUUCGCUUUCUUCCCCUCCAGGCUGCCGGUCGCCACGGAUGUGUUUUGUGUGUGUGUUUAUUGCAGAGGGUGCGCGUGUCUCCGCAGGGAGCCCUGUCGCAAACACCGCACCUCUGGAUUAAUACGCCACAUGGUCUAACAUUAAUACAUGUGAUCAGAUUCUCGUGCUCUCUGCCUGAUCGAUUUGGAAUUCUACCUUAAACUAGCUAGAACAGGGAAUCUGUGCUCUGAGAGAACGUAGAGGUUUGCAAACCCAGAGCAAAGAACUCUGGGUUAAAAAAAGAUAAAAGAACAACAAACGAACGAAUGAACGAACAAAAAAAGACCCAAUAACCUACGGGAGAUGGAUGUGAUAGCCACCUCAAAGUCAAACGAUGACGUCACUGUCGUUUGUGCUCUGUGUUCUCUCUCCUCUCUCUGAGAACUAUCGAAGAUCAUUUCUGCAUUUUUCCUUCGUUUUUUUAAAAAUGAAACUGUGGAAUCCGUCGCGUCUCAUGUUCUUUGUGUACUUUGGUGUAGUUCCUCUAGUUUGUGGUCUAAAUGCAGUCUUGCGCUGUUGGUUUCAGUGUGUGAUUAUCCGUUAUACUCGUGUGGAUGAUGAAAGUGCCAAUCAAGCCUGGUUAAGAUUAGCUUUGCGAUUUGUUUGUGCAUUAGAGUUGCUCUCUUUGGAGUGCUGGUGUCCAUAUCUACGUCAUUGAUAAUUUUAGAUCGACUUAAAAUGUAAAGAACUAUUGGAAGCAAUAUUGUAGCAUGUUGUCAAGUUUUGUGUUUUGUUAUGUCUGUUGUAUGAGCCUUUGGAUUUACUACAAAUUUUGAAUGAAUAGGUUUACAUGUACUUUUUUGUAAUACCGUAAGUUUAAAAAAAGUAAAAAAUGCUGCUAUUUGAUAAGUGAAAUAUACAGAAAUAUUUUAGUUGAGAAAAAAAAAAAAACAACAACAACAA